AUGAGAUGCAUUGUUUUGAUUACUCUUUUGGUAGCAUUGUCUUGUGGUGCUGUGGUUGAGUCUCUUGUCCGUCAUUAUAGCUUUUUAGUUUUGUUGAAGAAUGAAAGGAAAGUUUGUGGAAGGAAGAAUAUUAUGACGGUGAAUGGGAAGUUUCCAGGACCAACUUUGUAUGCCAGAGAAGAUGACACUGUCAUUGUUAGAGUCACCAACCGAGCUAACCACAAUCUCACAAUCCACUGGCAUGGGGUACGACAACUCCGAAGCGGGUGGGCAGAUGGACCAGCAUAUAUCACACAGUGUCCGAUUCAACCGGGCCAAAACUAUGUCUACAAUUUCACUCUACAUUCCCAAAGAGGCACCCUUCUUUGGCACGCUCAUAUCUCUUGGAUUAGAGCCACAGUUCACGGCGCCAUUGUCAUCUUCCCCAAGCUUGGUGUUCCUUAUCCUUUUCCCCAUCCACAUAAAGAAAAGAUCAUCAUUUUAGGCGAAUGGUGGAAGGCCGAUGUGGAAGCUAUGAUCAACAACAGCACAAAAUUGGGUCUGCCACCCAACGUAUCAGACGCCCACACAAUCAAUGGCCACUCCGGCCCUGUUCCUGGCUGCGCUACUAGCGGAAGCUUCACAUUACACGUUGAAAGUGGGAAGACUUAUCUUCUUCGCAUCAUAAACGCAGCUCUGAACGAAGAUUUCUUCUUCAAAAUCGCAGAUCACCAUUUCACCAUUGUUGAAGUCGAUGCUUCUUACACUAAACCUUUCAAAACAGACACCAUUUUCAUAAGCCCGGGCCAAACUACAAAUGCUCUUCUUACAACCAAUAAACCCAUCGGAAAAUACUUAAUUACAGCUUCCCCUUUCAUGGAUGCCCCUGUUCCAAUCAAUAACUUAACUGCAACAGCUUUUCUUCGCUACAAAGGAACUCCCAUUAAUCCCCCAAUUGUAUUCACUCAAAUUCCUCCUCAAAAUUCAACCCUUUUAACAAAUCAGUUCAUCGAUUCUCUACGAAGUCUCAAUUCAGAGAAAUACCCAGCAAAAGUCCCAUUGUUUAUCGACCAUACUCUGUUUUUCACAGUUGGAGUUGGGGUUAAUCCUUGUGAAACUUGUGUUAAUGGAGUGAGAAUUGUGGCGGCGGUUAAUAAUGUAACGUUCUUAAUGCCCAAAAUUUCACUUCUUCAAUCACAUUACUACAAAAUUCCAGGGGUUUUUACAGAGGAUUUUCCGGCGAAUCCGACGUUUGUUUACGAUUAUACUGGUAAACCACCGGCAAAUAUUCAGACUUCAAAUGGGACAAAGGUGUAUAGGCUUUGUUAUAAUUCGACGGUUCAAUUGGUAAUUCAAGACACUUCUGUGAUUGCUCCAGAGAGUCAUCCUAUUCAUUUACAUGGUUUCAAUGUAUUCGUUGUCGGGAAAGGAUUAGGAAAUUUCGAUCCGACUGAAGAUCCGAAAGUGUUUAAUCUUGUUGACCCAGUUGAGAGGAACACUUUUGGAGUUCCAAAUGGAGGGUGGACUGCCAUAAGGUUCAGAGCAGAUAACCCAGGGAUUUGGUUUUUGCAUUGCCAUUUGGAAGUACAUACGACAUGGGGAUUAAGAAUGGCGUUUUUAGUUGAAAAUGGGGAAGGCCCUAAUGAAUCUUUGCCGCCGCCGCCGAGUGAUCUCCCGCAGUGUUAG